AUGAGGUCGAAUUGCAUGUUGGUCGAUUCGCCCUUAGAGAAUAUGGCCGACGAGCAGAACACAGGGGGGCUCCAGUGCAGUGUCACACGGACGGAAUUGGAGCGUUAUGGGGAAGAACUGAGGACAGUUUUAAUGCCAAACUACUAUGAUAAGGAUCUAUUGGAUGAUAUUUCACAGGGCUCGUGUUGUUUAUCUAACAUAUAUAAUUCCAGUGCCGAUCCGCAUGCUCGCUGCCAUCUUAUAUAUUAUGUAGUGGGGAGUAUACUAUAUAGACGGUUAAGGGAUGACAGUUUAUUUAAACAAACUAUGGAGAAAGUGGGGGAAUUAUUAGGAUCAGUCUUACAGGGGAAAUCAUGUGAAAUGGAAAAGAGUGAGAGUGGUAAGAAACUGUUUGAAUUCAUGGAAAGGUGGUCCCUGUAUAAUUUAACCCAUGAUAGUACUUUGAAAGAACAGGGGGCAAAUGACCAAAUCAGUUGCGAAAGAUAUGCGACAUACUUAAGGGACCUUGCCAGAGCAUGUGCAGAGGUGAAGGAACAUUGUAGGAAUUCGCAGAUUAAUGAUGGCGAGUGUGUAGGAAUUGCAGAGGAAAAUGAUCAGGGCAGCCCCGAGCAUUUAUUAGGGUUAAUAUAUGGCAUAAUUCCCAAGUUCGAGUCUACUUUGAAGGCCGAGAGGGAACAGGAACAAUGUUUGAAGCACUUACCUUCAAAUUUGGGAUAUCUUUCACUUCUUAAUGUAACAGAUAAAUGUAAUAUUAGUUCUGUACUCACUAAGGAAACAACAACGAAGGCUGCAAUAGAAAAUUCACUGAGGCAGUAUCAGGGAACACCGCAUUAUGCGGAUAAAAUUAUAAAUACGUGGUGUUACGCAAAUGGGUUAGGGAGAAGUACAUUGUCAGGCGGGGAACAUUGUCGUUAUUUCUAUUUUUGGUUAGGUGGUAUAUUAUCUAGUGUACGGGGGGAAGUUCAAAUUUUCUCCUCACUUAUGAAGGCGAUAUACGAUGAAUUGGCGAAAUUUGGUAUUAAUGAUGGCUGCACUAAUAUAUACGAGCACGACAACAUUGACAAUAUCGACAUUUUCGAAAAUAUGAAAUUAAUAUAUGAUUAUUCUAAGGACCACGGAACUAUAAAACAAUAUGUGGAAAAUCCCCAGGGCGCUGGAUUUUCCUGUGCUAAACACUAUUCUAGUUAUUUGGAAAAAGUCCUUUCAGCCUACGAAAAUAUGAACGCAGAAUGCCCACUACAGAAGGAAGGUCAGAGUAAUACUAAUAAACUAUGGUGUAAUGAUCUUAAAACCAUGCUUGCUCAGCAUAGUUAUGAUGAACUGCUACAAUUAAAGUCUUCCCUAAAAAAUAUAUCCCCCCCGUCCACCACAGACUCUACCGCCGCAAUCACCGGCUCUGCCGUGGGUGGUACAUUAUUCACGCUAGGAUUACCAUUAGCGGCUUUCCUUUCUUACAAGUAUGAUCUUUUACCAUCUGGAAUACGUAAAUUCUUCUUAAGAGGCGGAAAUGGAACCAGAAUGAGAAGAACAGCAUUCGAACCGAAUUCUAGCACGGAAAUGGAAAAUUUCACUGAAUAUUACACGGAAAACGGCUCAACAACAAUAGAUCCAACAGAAUAUUCCACACUAGCAGGUUCAUCAUCUAAUUUAACAACAACUUCAACAGAAAACAGUUCUAUUUUAUAUGAUGAAGAUGGACCAUCGCGAUCACCACCAUUACCGAGAAAAAAAAGGGGAAGAGGAAAUAAUAGAAGGGGCCAAAAUAUUAGUUAUCAUAGUAUGGAACGUUGA